AUGCUCACUAAAGGGCUGGCUGCUUUGCUAGUCCAAAGUCUUUCUGACCGGCCCGUGGAAGAGGUUAUGAGGGUUUCACCUGGUUUUGUGGUGCUUAUUGGGUUGCAGCAGAGUUUGACUCCGUCUAGGAAUAAUGAGUUCUUGAAUAUGUUGAAGUUGAUGCAUAAGAAGGCUCUGCAAUUGUACAUGGAAAGUGAAAAAGGUGAUCCGCCAAAAGUUCAUUUUGAGGAAGCAGCUACUGAAGAACAAGAAGAAAAGUUGGAUCUUCCUGAUGUCCCAACCAAAGCACCAGUCAUUUUUGAGGUGGUGCCUGAUUUUGGACCAAGAAAAGUUAUGGAGGAACCAUUACCUGCUUGA